AUGUAUAACAUUGACCAUUACUUUGAUUUUGAUUCUCCUCCAAAGUCAAUCGUUAAAUCUAAGAAGAAAAAACAGCAACAACAGCAAAUGCUCCUUUUACUCUUAUUAUCAGUUGGUGCUGCUUAUUACUUUAUGAUUUAUUUGCCGGAUGAAGAAAGAAAACUUCUAGAAAGUCAAAUUCAAACUAAAUUAGAUGAAGUGAAAAAUAUUAAACCAGAAGAGCAUGCUAACAUUCCUACUUUAUUAACUGCUUGUCAAGAAGUAAGAAAGCUCGCUAAUAUUUUGGUCGGUCGUUACCAAGAGGAUGCUAAAUCAUUUCCAAAGGGAGAUGCGGAUGAAAACUUUCAUUUUACUCGUGCCGGAAGUUAUGAUGUUCACUUUCCGCCUUCUCUUCAAGAAUAUUAUGACAAGGCUAAAUCUCCAGAAAUAAAUCAUGCUAACUGCGAUCCUGACCCUACCACUAAAAAGGAUAACAAUGCUAUUUUCUUUGGAGCUGGAGGUACUGGUAAAACAGCCACGGUUAAAAAAAUCUGCAUCGAAGCCGAUAGUUGUCCAUUGGUGAUAGUCAAAGGUUCCUCAUUAACGCCAACUAAACAAGACUAUGAUGCAGAAGACAACAAGGAUAACCAAGAAAUUCGUUAUAUUCUUUUUGUGGAUGAAUGUGACCAAAUUAGCAACAAUUCCUUAAUCCAUGACCCCAACAAAUUAAGGUUUUUAAAAGAAUGCUUAGAAGGUAGUGAUACUAGUCGAAAGUAUGAAAAGGAAUUUAAGAAAUAUUUUGAUGAUGCUAGUGCUAGUCCAGAAAAAUAUAAAUUGCCCUCUGGAUUCAAUAUCCCUCCAAUGCCUCAGCGGUGGCGAGACAAUGCUACUUUAAAUGAGGAGGAUAACAAUAAUCCAGAUAGUCAAUAUGAAACUGAGGAAGAUGAAGUAAAUGAUGAAGGCGAAAAAACAGGAAAUAAAAUGAAAAUAGAUAUUGAAAUAGGCGAAUUCCUAAAAUUCUUUUGGCAAAAAAAAGAGAGUGGGCAGUUAGGAUCUUAUGAUGGAAAAUUCGAACCACCUUCAAAUCCUAAAGUUGAAGAUGUGUUAGAUGGUAGAAUACCAGAAAUGUCUAACAUUUUGGCACAGUCUUCUAAUCUACUGAACCAAAGUCUAGCAAACUUAUGCGAAGAGGUAGAUGCUUUGAGACAACAAAUGCAAUUGUCGACUGAUAGUGAAAAUACAACUACUAUUGUGGCUACUGUAGCAGUAGGUAUUGCUACCGGUGGCACUUCUUUGGCAGUCCAAGCAGCUGCUAUUGGUGGAGCAUACCUAGUGGGUUCAGCAAUAGAUAGUGAUAAUAAAAAAAAAGAAAACGAAAAUAAACAAUUAAAUCUAAAAGGUGAAAUAUCUAAACAAAUCAGAGAUGAAAUUAAUAAUUUACAGAAUGAUAGAAGUAAUGAGGCUAGUCAACUUAACAAUUUAGACCAGCAAAUUGCUCAAAAACAAAAUAAACUAAAUGACCCUAAUGUUUCAGAAACCGAAAAAGCCCAAAUUAGAAGUGAGUUAGCCUCCCUAGUAUCACAAAGAAGUAGUAUUCAAACUAGAAUAAAAACCUUAGAUGAAAAGAUAGAAGGUUUGAUAAAGCAAGGUAAUAAAACAAUAACCAGUGGAGGCGGAUUAUCCAGUUUGGAAAUCGAUUACAAUACUAAACUGAUAAUUGGAGCUAUCAUCUUUUUAGUAAUUUAUUUUGCUUUUAUUAAAGAAAAGGAGAAAGAUUAA